AAAUUUUGUGUAACAUACCGUAUCAGUUGUUUGAGCGUGACUUCUUAUGUUGCCGAUGCCGCUACACUCCUUUCUCCACUACUCACAGUGUACCGCCGUUCGCCACAAAGAUGGCACACAUUUCCAAUGAUUUGAUCGGUUCUUGGAUUGUCUUGCUGGGAUUUAUUGCCCAUGUAACGUCCCAAUGCGUAUCGAACACCAUUACCCUCGGGUACGGAACAGUGCAGACGACUUCCAAGGACAGCCAAUAUCAGUUAGGUGACAUCUUCUACAGAGAGUGCUCAGCUCGCUCGGAUAGGCAGUAUGUAGGCUGGUGCCCGGAUCCGCACGAUACCGACCCAAGGAUUCAGAUAAACUUUCCGGAAGUGACGGCCCUGCACGCCAUCGUCUUUCAGACUACCUUCACCCAAUGUGACCAGACCACCGACUACCGGAUGAAGGCCUUCCUGGAGACCUUUGACCUUGAUUUUGUGUUACCAGGCGACCAAACCGGUACUUUGGUGUCGUACGCAAAGAACCUGCUGGCUCUGGACAGUCACUCGUCCGAGAGAAAGGCGGAGUUUGCUGAACCCCUUGUGACCAAGACCCUACUCAUCACCCCAAAAAGCCACAACAUUUACCCCUGCUUCAGGGUUAAGUUUUUGGGUUGCAACGCGGAAAAUUUGUGCCCACAAGGCUGGUGUCUCAAUGGCGGAAAAUGCGCAGGAAAUGAGUACUGCGCAUGCGCACCGGGUUUCUUAGGCAACAGGUGUAACGAAACAGCCAAUGACGUUAAGCAAUACAACUACGAUUUCCUUGAAAUCAAAGACGGUGUCCUGUCGACACCUGAUGCAUCAUUUGACGUCGUUGGUGACGUCACUCUUGAAAGAACACCGGCACGCCGAGACGAUCACCAUAACCAUGGACACAGCUCAUGCCACUUCAACAGUCAACAAGGGCACCAUAGCUACUGCCAAUACAACGGCCAUAAUAGCAACCACAAUGGCGGCAGUAACCACAAUGGCGGCGGUUCAUCUCAUGGAAGCCAUAACAACCCUGUCUCAACUGGACACUGCAUGAGCAACCUUCACAACAAUCACCAUGGUUUCACGACCUCCCUGAACGCGCACUUCCAUCACGGUCAUCACGGACACUGCCACCUCUACUCCAAUGGUGGUCAUCUGCACCAGCAUCAGGGAGCUUCCCUUAGCUACAACACCCAAACUAAUCAACUGGAAUUCCACGUCAGCACCCCAACGCGCAAAUGGACUGUCCAAAUCCAGAUUAACCUCAAUUUCGGUGUGACCCACCAAAUCUCCACGUCGUGGCAUCCGCAAACCGGUGCGCAUGUAACGGUUAACAACAACCAUGUUGGUUCCUGCGGUUUAGGACGGCCCCAUGCAACGCCCCAUAACCAGGUUGUCGAUCUGCGAUUGGGCGACGGGCACAUUAACAUAGCUGUGAAUGUGAACAUCAACAUGUCUCUCUCAGCCCUUAACAUGUUCCCGGCACCGACCUGUCAACUCCAGCAAGCUGGAAUUAGUGGCCCAUACACACUGGCAGCUCCUCCUGCAACCCAGCCGACUCAACCAAUAAUGACGACAACACCUGCCCCUGCUACUACUGCCACCACCACAACUGCUGGUGCCACGACCCAAACGACGACGUUGCCUCCUGUCACUGCGACAACCACGCAUGCGCCGACCACCUCAACAGCGACCACUCCGACUACCACAGUUCUGAAGGGACCGGCUUGCUACGAGUAUAGUUGGCAGCCGAGUAUUGGGUCCGUGCAGACACAGACGCGGUGUGCACCAGGAGAGGUGUGUGUCCUGUACAACGAUCCGAAGGGAUACACAGCGAAAUGUAUGAAGAAGGAUUUGUGCGAUGCGGGUAAGACUCUGGCCCCUGGGUCGUGCUGGGAAUGCUGCGACAGCUACCUGUGUAACGACCAUUGCUCAGCCUCUUCAACUGCGACAUGCGCAGACAAACCCGCCUGUCAAACUAUGAUUGCCACCGGAUAUGACGUAUGCAGCGACACCAAGAUGGCAGUCGACAUUUGUAGCAAGACUUGCAAGAUUUGCUAAUUUCUAUGAAAAGGUCCAUAACCAAGCUUUACCUCAAAUAAAAAUAUUCGCUU